AUGGAUCACAGCUACCCUCCAUCCCCUACGGCCGAGUACCAAGCCGUCCGCCCCCGUCCAGAUCUGUCUCCGGUCACAAGCGAGACUCUAACCACGUUCAACUGGUCGAAAGAGGACGUGCCUACGCCAGUCGACGAGAAUUUCGAUGGACGGUCUAUGCAGCCUAUUCUGCGGCAUGGUCAACGACCACCGCCAAAGGUCGACACACAGUAUCGUUGGUGGUACAUAUCCGAAUAUCACCUAUGUUUUGCCCUGCAUGGCUUCUUGGUCGUGAUGCACAUUGCGUUCCUUGCGGCUGGUAGCGUUGGCGCAAUUGACCGUGUAGUCGUCGAAAGCAAGAACUACAGUUUCUAUGCAGCUAUUCUUGCGAUUGUUCCCCAAGCCGUAGCCGCGGCAAAGAUGAUCUCGGCGGCGCUCGUUUACUAUACUCAACGACUAGCCACGCGACGCGCGUUCAAGCGGAGCCAGACACUCACCGCCCUCCACGACCAGAUGUCUGCGUGGAUAGGCCUGGGAUCCGCCGCGAUGGCUCUCUUCGACCAAUAUACCCUGCCUGCUAGCGUAGUUGGUACCUGCUCUAUCAUGCUAUACCUCGGUUUAAUUACCGUCAUCCACAUCACGACACCCACACUCAUUACCCUCGAACCCACCGAGUUACCUAUCACGUCCCUCAUCAACACGACCUUGGGAACGCCUAAUCUAACUUCAUUUAUUCCUUGGACAGAGCCUGGCACCGACAAUCCUGACCAGCUCAUCGAAAUCAUGUCGCCUCUUAUGUCCGUGCUCGGUCCAAGUGGAGAUGGUACUCACUCCGAUCUUCUAGUCACCACGGGCCUGGCAAACGGUACGUUGUAUGAUGUCGUCGAGCCUAACAACGCCAGUCAGCCGAUUCGAGUCAACGCCACGACAUUCGAUGUGUCUUGCGGAUACUUAUCAGAUUUCCAAAUUCAGUGGAAGCCCGCAACGAAUACGGAGUUCUCUUAUCAAACGUCGCGAAUGCCUUCUUUCAACAUCUCGAACGGUUUGUUGUCGUGGACAGAUCUCACCAUAGCAGAUCUCGCACCAAGUUCCUUACGAGUCAUGACACAAUCUUCGAGAGGUGUUACACUGAAUUUAACACGACUAGUAAAACCGAGUCCGUAUAACAUCUUCGUAUCCACCGUCAACUUCACGGAUUCGUCAGGCAGUGCCGGCCAUAUCAUUUCCCUUCCGGGAGGCAUGAACCCCAACGCCGAUAACUGGCAACGGAUAUGGACACUUCAGAUGAUCGGAUGCACCCUGGACAUCAGCCACUCGUUCAUGGAGGUCGAUCCGACGACGCGGACGCUCGCCGAGCCAAACUACGCUGCGCUGAGGAACAGUUCGAAAUGGGAAGCUUGGAUACCACCGCCGACCGUCAAGCCUCCAUCGAGAAUAGAUCAAGCAAUGCUCGAUCUGUGGCCUUACGCGUUCCAAGCUGCAGCGCCUUCGUCGUACGUUGCCGGUCUGAUAACUAUGGACCCUGCUCAGAUUGCGGCCACAAUUCCGAGCAAUGUUGCCGUUCUCAAUGUGAUAGAAAAGUAUCUGGCGCUCACUCUCGACCUCUUCCCCGUUACCAACAGCAAGCGCUACGUGAUACCAGAAGAUUACCCACCUCCUCCCCCUCUAACUCUGCAUCAUCUUGAGAAUGCACUGUCGAGCGCUACUGCCGCCUCAUUCUACGCUGCGCUCCAUUCUCAACCAACGGCACUCGACAAUACUCGAAUGUUACCCGAUAACUCCGCCAUUAUCAACGCUACAAUGUCAGGCACGAGCGAGAUGUUAUACAUGGUCUCUGCCUCAAGACUAAGCUUCAAUAUGAUCAAUAUCGCAGUCGGCCUCGCGGCUUCGACAAUUCUUCUCGCUCUGGCUAUUAGCCUCGUACGCGAUCUGGAUGGACCUGAGCCGCUUGUGUGCGGCGCCGGCAUUCUUCAGACCAUGUGGCUGGCGCAUGGUGAUCCCGAGUUUUUGGACCGCGUUUCCAGGGUGGGGGAGCCUACGACAGAGGAGCUGAGGAAAGCCGGGAUGGAGGUUGUUCGGCUCGGAAAGAUACGUAACCAAGAAGACCGGUGCUGA